GGGAUUGUUUGAGUAGUAUUAAAGCCAUGGGUGCUACCAUGACUGCGUCCCAGAGAGGGACGGAGAUUUUUGCGCGACCAUUGCCGGCGGCCAUCCAAGAUGGCGCCCUCACACUCGUUUAUGUUGUUUUUGUCGGUCGUUUCUACCCACCUGUGUUCAUUCGUUUUUGCCGUCCCGUGGGUUGUCACAGAUUACUACGAGCAGGCUGUCGUCACUGAAGACUACUACUACACCAGCAGGGUCAUCACUACGAUCCAGCAAAUUUCCCCGACUGCCACUUCCCUGCCCGAGGCAGCAUCGACCAUCACCUCCAUCGGGACCGGAUACUACGGAGAAGAUGCAACCGUCAUCCAGAAGCUCUAUCCCACCGGCGUAGGGAAGCCUGCCUAUGAUUACGAUUAUCCCUCCUACUACGACAAUGAUUACCAUUACACCAUCUUCAAGGUGUACUUGACCUACUCAGCUCCAACAGGCUGCGCAACUCAAUGGACACAGACCACUGCUGUCCCAGUAAAUCCGCCCCGUGUGUUGGAGGACUUGCUGCCUCGGACUGCCAUGGAGACUUCAGUUUCGGUCGACUCCAGCCAACCCUUCCAGCCGACCACUUACACUUAUGAUGUGGUCUAUGUCGACCCAACUCAGGUCCCUAGUAGUACUCUGGCGUCACUCAGUUACUACAACCGACCCACCUCCCUCUACACUGGUGCACAGUGCUAUUAUACGAGUACAGACAGUCCCUCCUACAACGGCGGUUACUACGGCUACGACGACGACUACAACUGGUUCCUCGAUGACUACUGGAUGGGUAUCUCACCGUUGGCCCUUACCCUGAUUCUCACCCUAGGCUGGAUUGGCCUGUUUCUGAUCCUAGGAUUUAUCGAGGCCUUCGUUCGGUUCCGCCGCCUGAUGACUGGCUGGCAAACCCGGCGCGGUCUGCCCGUCUGCUGGUCUCUCACUGUCAUCCCAAUUAGCCUUCUCCUUCUUUGUUUCUUCCGUAAGGGCUAUCGCGCCCGCUCACAGGCUGACUCGGAGAUUCUGAAGAAGAGAUGGGCUGCCAUGGGUUUCUGGACCAAGCUGCGCCUAUUCUUCGUAUGGGGAUUUCGGUUCAAAUACCCACCGAUGCUGGGCCCGGCGCCAGCACGCGUGAAGACAAGCAAACAGCCGGGCAAGAACCCCGGGCCCCGUCUCCUGACCCCAAGUCCAUCGCAGAGCGUGGCACCGGGCUCGCGUCAGGGAUCCACCGCUGCACGUAGUACUCCGGAUCUUGAAAUGGCGGAAGUAUCUCCGGAACCUUCGCAGCAUCUAUCUCAGCCCGCUGCUCUGCCGUCGACCGCAUCCGGGGCGCUUCCACCUCAUCAGGAUGACCAGAUUGGUCACGCGCAUUGAGCGACAUGUUGGUGUUGUGAUGGGAUUGUUGGCUAGCUACCACAUCAGGGUGGAACGCAAAGCGGAUUUGGCACGGCGACAACUCGAGGUCGCAGUGGCCACCUGUCAUUCCUUUCUGCAUGUCAUAUAAUUCUUCUAUACGGGGCCGUCUGACUAUGUACCACCUAUUACUCACUCUGCUCGCCUCCCAUUGUGCCUUUUAGCGAUAGACCUUCGUUGGGCCGUACAUAAUGUCUUAAUGUCUAUAUUAAAUUAAUCUCAAGUAGCAUAUACCACACUCUCAUUGCCACAUUCAACAUAUCAGUAGCAACAGUGGACAUAGUUACCGGGGAACCAGACGGAACAGGUCCCCAAUCACAGGAAUAUCCGUAUCAGCAACGCAGGGUCAAACUCUGGUAUUGAGGACUGUUUCUUCAUCGAGAAAACAAAACACAGGAGCAAGGUACAAAUGUAUAUUGAGUGUAUAAAAAAGAAAAUACCCUACCCUUUCAACAAGGGCAAAUAGUGAACAC